AUGAUGGUUCUUUAUUGUGGACGUAAGUUACUCGUCGUCCUCAUGGUUACUGCGUUCGUGUUCUCCGGGAGUGCUGAAGCAUGGAGCUGGAGUUGGGGUUCUGGCCAGUCCGGUUCGAACGGGGGUUGGGGAUGGAGAUCCGGCAACUCUGGCGGUUCUUCUGGCUCGGGUUCAGGUGGUUCAGACUCCAACUCGGGUGGUUCAAGCUGGGGUUGGGGAUGGAGCUCCGACGGAACAGAUACAAACUGGGGUUGGGGAAGCAGCUCUGGCUCAAACCAUUCAAGCGGCACUGGUUCUACACACAACGGUCACAGCUCUGGCUCGAAUCAUUCAAGUGCCACUGGCUCUACACACAACGGUCACACCUCUACUGGCUCGAACCAUUCAAGCGGCAAUGGCUCUAGACACAACGGUUACAGCUCUGGCUCAAACCACUCAAGCAGCACUGGCUCAAACCACUCAAGCAGCACUGGCUCUACACAUAACAAUCACAGCUCUGGCUCAAACCACUCAAGCAUACUUGGUUCUACACACAAGAAUCACAGCUCUGGCUCAAAUCACUCAAGCAUCGUUGGUUCUACACACAACAAUCACAGCUCUGGCUCAAACCACUCCAGCAUCACUGGCUCUACACACAACCACACGGCUCCAAUACCGGCUGGAAGAAAGAUUGCGGUUACUGUAUGGAAAAACGGAUACGGUUACACAGAAUGGACAGCAAAGCAUGCCCCAUUCUACGUCAGCGAUGUUCUUGUUUUCAAGUACAACAACGAUGAUCAAACCCAAUCCAAGACGAAGCACCGUAACAAGAAGAAGAACGACGUCUACUUGCUCCCAGACAUGAAGAGCUUCAAGAGAUGCAAUGUGGCCAGAGGCAAGAAGCUGGUUGCACGAGGAGGUUCAUCAUCAAGAGGCUUCAAGUUGCUUCUCCGUAAGGUUCAGACUUACUACUUCGCCAGUGGAGACCACAACGAAUGCAACCACAACAUGAAAUUCUCUGUCCACCCCAUUCCCCGCCCUUCUUCACACUAACUCUAAAUCCACUUGUUCCUUUCUUUGAUCAUUGAGUUUGUUUCCAUUCUACGCUUUUUUGAUUAAUUAAUCUUUGUAUACGAGUCACUAAAAGUUUUAUGCAUGAAUACUACUUUUACA